UGGCAUGAAUUUUAAUUUUAAAGCAAAUUCACAAAACAAUGGGGUAAACUAGGCAAAUAUACGGCGGCCAUGAAUGAUAUAGCCUUACUGUCUCUAUUAAAAGUGGCACAGCCUGUUGUCCGUCUCGUCGCCCAUCAAACGAUCAGCUGAUGCUAACCAAUAAGAUUGUCCGCACAAACAGCUAGUGGUUGUCGCGUCUAUGCACGCAUACCGCGCUGACAGUGCGAUAAUCAUCCGUUGUCGCAGCUGGACAGUAGCAGGAGCUAAUCUACCUUCAUUAUAGGCUAUCACGAGAAAAUAAUUCAGAUGGAAAACAUGCAGACUAUUGUGCUUUGGCUUGGUGUUUGCUUGGCGCUGGUAAUAUCUAUUCAAGCAAACCCUUUCGCGCCCCAGGACCCGGCCCAACCUUGCCUUGCUCCGUUACAAUGGGAGGGAAGAAUUGUGGAGUAUGAUCAUAGUACAGGGCGCAACACGCGGGCUUCCAUGUCAUACGAUGGACAAAACCAGCGAAUUCGGAUACUUGAACAGAAGAGAGGACAUGUACCGUGUAAAAAGUACUUUGAGUACAUCUACUUAUUCCAGAGUGGAGUAAUGUUCCAGAUUGAGCAGGUCACCAAGCAGUGCUCAAAGUUAGCUCUCACACAGGCUUGGGACCCCUUUGACAUCCCCUUGAACUCCACCUAUGAGGACCAGUACUUCAUUGGAGGCCCAGGAGACAUGAUUGAAGUACAGGAGUGGUCUGAUAGAAAACCAGCUCGCCAAAAUGAGGCCUGGCUGGGUGUGUACACGGUGAAAGAUUGUUACCCUGUGCAGGAGACGUACACACGUAACACCAGCGUGACCACGUCCACGAGAUUCUUUGAUCUGGAGCUGGGCAUCAGCGACCCCGGCGUGUUCACUCCCCCAAGCACCUGCCAAUCAGCCCUCCCAGUGAUGAUGACAUCAGCCUGCUGAGUCACCUUCCUCUCUCUGACUGGGAUGCCCAUCCCUUCACAGUGUUGUCCUCACACUAUGGUGAAGAUGAUGUAGAUAAUACACUGGAAAUCUGUGAUUGUAUGAGAGGUAGCCAGUGUGUUCAAUAACAAAAUGGAUAAUUUUAUGUGCUUGUUAGUGUGGUCAAAGUUGCUGGAAUGGAUAAAGCCUUAAGUGCAAAACACUGGAUUUUCACCUUUUAUGUUUUCACCGUUUCUGUUGACAUUUAAGUUAGCCUAUAAUAUUCUGUAAGCAAUGUUACAGUGUUCAACAGGUAGCCAUAUCACCUUCUCCAAAAUGUGCAGUUCACAUGCAAAAGAAGUGUGAUUGAAUUUCCUCUUUGGAUAAUACAGUCAUGAUAAACAUGUUUAGAUCCCCAGAUAAAGACCAAGAGGAGUUUGGCUGUUUUUUCUCAGUGUACACGAAUGUAAGCCUUGAUUAAUAUAUCUAAGCCCAUAUUAUUAGCAUGACCACAGCAGUUUAACUCUGUUGAUGUAAACUGUUUUUUAUCAUGUACAAUCAUGAUGUAAAUUUCUCUCUAGCGUGGUAGUACAAUAAAACAAACAAAGAAACACA